CGGGAGGGCGGCGCGGGAGUUCCGUGUGAGGGGGAUCUGGGAUGGCGGCAUCUCCCGCCGGGCCGGGAAUCAGAUGUGGCUUGGGAGCGGAGCCUGCGGGCACACGGCGCUUGGGGAAGUUUCGUUUGAGAGGCGAGCGAGCGAGCGGCCCCGGCGGUGCCGUGGCUGGCCGGGACACGCGUGGCGGCGGCGGGAGGGUCCGGGCCCGGCCGCUGCUCCGAGCACCCGCGGCGGGGUUGCGGAGACAAACCAUCGUCAUUAGCGUCGCUGUUAUUGCUGUUACCCGUGUGUGUCAGGAUGUUUGCAACCGGAACGAGCCCGUCCCUUCAAACCCCGUGCUGCUUGCGUGUUUGGGGCUUGUUUCUGCAAUUUCUCUCCCGAUUUCUCGGUCGGUGCCCUUCCGUUUUGCGCUGAGGGGUCCUGGGCACCGUUGGAGCCUGGAGAGGUCACAGGGCAGCGAGGGAAAAUGGAUGAAUGUGGCUGAGCUCCAAAGCUGCUCUGAGCAGUGUCCCAUGGCGAUGACUUGGCAUUGGUCGUCAGUGAGAAGGGGAGAAAUGGCCAAAUCGACCCAGUUAAUUGACAAUGAAGUCUUCCGGGCUUAUGUGACUUAUGCAGCCAUUGUUCUUAUUAAAAUGAUGCUAAUGAGUCUGGUAACAGCAUACUUCAGGAUCACAAGGAAGGCAUUUGUCAACCCAGAAGACACAGAAUCAUUUGGAAAAGGGGAGAGUGCCAAGAAAUACCUGAGGACUGAUCCAGAUGUUGAACGUGUACGCAGAGCCCACCUGAAUGACCUGGAAAAUAUCGUCCCAUUUGUUGGCAUUGGGCUGCUGUAUGCUCUGAGUGGCCCUGAGCUUUCCACGGCCCUGCUGCACUUCAGGAUCUUCACUGGGGCGAGGAUCCUUCACACGUUUGCCUACUUGAUCCCUCUUCCCCAGCCUGGCAGAGGUUUGUCUUGGGCAGUUGGCUACUCGGUGACCUUCUCCAUGGCCUACAAAGUCCUCAAGACAGCGUGGCUGCUGUAGCAGAGCUGUGGAUUCUGUGUCCCCUUUGACAUUCCACACCACAAAGUCUCCAGCACUGUACAGUGAUGUCUGGAGUGAGUCUUCCGUGGUAACCGGAAUUAUUUUUUUUUUUAACAAAAGCUUUUUGUUCCUGUUCAGAAAUGUUUCUUUUUUGGAGGAAAAAGAAUCCUUCUCCUUCUAUUCCCUGUGCAUGGAUUGCACUGCCAAAUACUAGAUUGGAUGUUCCCUUUGCGAUUUGUCAAGUGCUUACAAUUCUAAACAUGAGAUGAUGCUGUAUUGAUAGAGUGUUUGAUAAUUUUCUACAGAUGCACUAUUUUUGGCUGUAGCUCUGAAGUCUAAAUCAAUAAAGACAAGA